GCUCCAAGCACGCUCUGAUCAUUUCACUUUCCAAACCGUUUUCCAGUACACUGAACUCUCUCCAGUCUCCCGGCCCUCCAUCUUUUUUCUCCGGAAAGCAAAAUAACAGCGACCGAACGCCCAAGCUAGCCCUCCAGUGAGAAAUGAGGACUUGCCACGGAUGCUCCCUUUGUUUCCUUUCGUCUCUUUGUGUGGUUUCGGUCGUCGUCGUUUUCCUGCUCUCUGGUCAUUUCUGUGAGCUGAUGAGGUCCUCAGGAUCGAAUUCGGAGUUCUCCGUACCAAUGGUUGAGUUGCAGACAAAAUUCACUCGUGAUGAUCAAGACCGACCUGUACUUACCGGCGGCUUCAGUACUGGUUUUUACGUGAACCAGUUCGGGAACCGUACGAUCAGAAAGAAAACGAGACUAAGCAGAGAGCAAAAGCUCGAACAAGGACUUGCACGGGCACGAUCUUCGAUUCGCAGAGCAGCUUCGAAGCUCAAUCUCUCAGCAACCGUCAGAGGCGACGAUUUUGACCCCUCCAGAUUUGUCUAUCGCAACCCCGGCGCAUUUUAUCACAGGAGCUAUGAGGAGAUGGAGAGGAGAUUCAAGGUCUACGUGUAUUCGGAAGGGGACCCACCGAUCACCCACGAUGGCCCAUGCAAGGACAUAUACACCAUCGAAGGGAGGUUCAUCCACGAGCUAGAGCAUGGGGCGGGGAUGUUCAGGACUAGAGAUCCGCACCGGGCUCACGUUUACUUCUUGCCUUUCAGCGUGACAUGGAUGGUCAAGUACAUCUACAAACCUCUCUCUUACGACCUCACCCUUCUAAAGCAGUUUGUCUCUGAUUAUGUGGGAGUGGUUUCUAUGAAGUAUCCCUUUUGGAAUAGGACUUGUGGGGCUGACCACUUCAUGCUCGCCUGCCAUGAUUGGGGUCCCCAUGUAGCAAAGGGCAAUCCCUUCCUCUACAACACAUCCAUCCGAGUUCUUUGCAAUGCCAACACCUCCGAGGGCUUCAACCCUCAAAAGGACAUUAGCCUCCCUGAAAUUCACCUCUAUGGCGGCAACGUACCAUCGAAACUCCUCACUCCCCCACCGGUCGAUGCCCCACGUCCCUACCUUGCUUUCUUUGCAGGUGGCGUUCACGGCCCGAUCCGGCCGAUCCUCCUGCACCAUUGGAAGAACCGUGACAAUGAUCUCCGUGUCUACGAAUAUCUCCCCAAAGAGAUAGACUACUACUCCUUUAUGCUCCAGUCCAAAUUCUGCCUAUGUCCUAGUGGGCACGAAGUGGCCAGCCCCAGAAUUGUGGAAGCCAUUUAUGCGGAAUGUGUGCCGGUGAUUCUAUCGGAGUCUUAUGUUUUGCCGUUCAGUGAUGUAUUGCGGUGGGAGGCAUUUUCAAUUCAGGUUGAUGUGUCGGAGAUUCCAAGGCUGAAGGAGGUAUUGAGCGCAGUCUCGGAAGAGAGGUAUAGGAGGCUUAAGGAGAAUUUGAAGGUUGUGAGGAGGCACUUUGUGCUGAACAAGCCGGCUCAAAGGUUUGAUGUAUUCCAUAUGAUUCUACACUCUGUAUGGCUUAGGAGGAUAAAUGUUAAUCUUGAAUAGACGGAUCAUAUAGCAACAAUAAUUAAUGAAGGAA